GACUUUAAUCGUUGGCUCGUCUGCGAGACAUCGAUUCUACCGUGUCCCCUACGGCUGAGAUAAGAAUAGAAACAGAAUACAUCGCCAUGGUUCAACCCCGAUCAUUCUGCAACAUGUGAAACUCCAGUGUUACUUUCAGUCUGGGUUUUGCCUUUCAAUUCAUUGCAUUUGUGCACAAACUUUUGACGUUGAUUGUAUUCACUAACCGUUUUUUAGAUUCAAAAUUCAACCACUGGCUUCGAGCGCCAUUGGCGACAGUCUUUUGUUAGUAACGGAAUUGUCGGUGAGUGUUUGUGAAGUGGUGGAAAAUGGUGGAUAAAAUCGAGGGAUUAUUCGAUGCAGAUGAGGAAUUACCGGGGAAUUGUAUAAUAAUUGAGAUUUUUGGCGGGAAGUGAGAGAAAAAUUGGAGGUAAAUAAAAAGUGAAAACCGUGAGUCAUUUGCAAACGUAAAAAUAAAUAAAUGUGUCAGUGAUGCCUAGUCUGUGCUGCGUACCCGGUAAACCGAAAAAAAAGGAUAACCCUCAAUUAAUGUAAAAAGAAACUAAAAAUGUGACUAUUGGAUGAACGGAAAACAUGCCAGAGGAAGGUUCUUUCAAGGUUUACUGUGGCAUUGAGUACAUGGGUUCGUUUCCGGUGUCAAGUUCGGAUGUUGCCAGACGAGCGGAGUUUGUUCGUUCGCAGCUUGAGAACUUAAGGCACAGCGAUCGGUCUACCCCCGUUCUUCUGAUAGUCUCUCUAGCUGGGAUCAAAGUAUGCAGUCCAGAUGGCAAAGGAGUGCAAAUGGCACACGCGUUGAGACGCAUAUCGUAUGCAACUUGUGAACCCCAACACGCGCAGUUCAGCUUUCUUGCUCGUGAACCUCGUGCACACUUCACUAUACAGUACUGUCAUUCAUUCAUUGCGGAAUCUGCUGAACAGGCCGAGGAGUUGAAUACAAUAGUGGGAAAUGCAUUUCGCAUGGCGUACGUGGCGCAACUUCAACGUCAGCCAAUAAUCCAAGAUGUAGUCACAAAUAGACAGAAGCAGGAGCAAAAAAACGUGUGGAAUAAAUCUGGCGAAGUUGAGGUCGCUAACGGAAACGAGACGAGUAGUGGAGGAAAUUCCUGGGUGAAAAGUCGAACGACACCCACAUCUCGUAGUGGAAACGUAACGUCCACAGCGGACAUGAACGUACAAAUCGGCACCGGCGGAUCGCCCACAUUGCGACUCGCAACAGUCAAGACACCAAAUUCAAUACCAGGACUGAGACCUUCGCACACAUUCUCAAACGUUCUGGGACCAAUAACGAAUCAAGAUGAGAAAAGUAUCUCACAGCAGAGUACACCGAGCAGUGAUGAGAGUAAUUCUCCCACAGCACUCAACUCAUACAAGAGAUUGGGGGACAAGCCUCCGUUGAUAAAGCGUUUGACAAUGGGCCUGACUGGUGGAGUCUUGGGUCUCAAUAGUGAGGAUGACAGUUGUCCGCUAGUCAGCGGUAGCAGUACCCCGACGAGCCCAAACAAUAGACCACACUCCGGUGGUUACAUCAACGAGGCCAUCAUCGAUUCCGAAAAUACCAGAACAACGUACAAUAAAAUACAACCCUCCGAGAAUAUCGAUAACACUAUUAACGCAUCCAUUACUACGAAGAGUUUCAAUAUCGAGAAUAACAGGAUAGGUAGAAAUUCCCCAGUUUCCGUAAACGAAACCGAUUUCAAGACCAAAAGAAGAUCACAGAUAAGUACGUCAAGCAGUUCAGUACCAGCAGACAGCAGUACUCAUGGAUCAACACCCACACCACCUCCUCUUCCAGAGAGAACUGAUAGUCUUAACAAUCGCAGUGAAGAGUGUGAAUUGCGAAAAGCUCCUUGGUUCCAAGCUGGCAUACCCAGGGAAAUAACCCUCGAAGUGUUGAGCCAAGAGCCAGAAGGUGCCUUUAUGGUACGUGAGAGUACCAGUAAACCAGGCUGUUAUGCUCUGUCGCUGCGUGUGCCACGAGAGUUUCAACCCAGUGGAAUUGCACAUUACUUAAUCAUGCGGACGAAUAAGGGCUACAAGAUUAAGGGCUUUACAAAGGAAUUCACAACCCUCACCGCACUGAUUACUCAUCAUUCCGUAAUGCCAGAGUUACUGCCAUGUCCCCUAUCCCUCAGUCGUUAUAAUCCAAGUUUCUUAAAGACUGAUUCAACGAAAGACUUUGCGGAUAUCGACUCUGAUCCUGAUUACAACACUCUAGCUGAUUUUCGCAAGAUGAUGGCGGAUUUGAAUGUUUAAACGUUAAGACACAAGUGAUUUUAUUCUCUGAAAGUCAGUGAUAGUUAUUAAGAGAAUUAUAAUAACUAAUUUAUAGUAGAAGGAAUAUCAACGACACAGUGAUAAUAAUUUGAAUGGACUCUGGAAUGAAGUCGACGUGUUCACUGAACUAAAAAAAAAAAAAACUGCCAAGAACUUAUUAAGAAAGUGAAAGGAAUCAUGAUACUACUCUAAUUACGUGAUUUCGUAGAUUUUAAUAUGCAAAAAUUGAUGUAAAUGUGUUUAUAUGUAUAUAAUUUUUGUUUAUUGUUAUGAUUGCAUUUUAUUUAAACUGGAGUAUGAAUGAUAAUGCUAACGGUGACUAGUACGCGGAAAACGAUUCUUUUUCUCGGUGAAAAAGGAAUGAUAGAAUAAAUAUGUGGCGAGGUUGUAAAGGCAACGGAAGGCAAAAAAAAUAUUUAUUUGAAAAUUAUUGAAGCUUGUGUAUUUUCCACCGAUUAAAAAAGGGUAAAUAUUUCUAAAAAAGCCCUACAUAUUUUAUCGCCAUAAAAUUAAUUAUCUUUCACUGAAAGAUCUGGUAAAAAAGAAUUUAUAAAUCGAGGUCAAUAUUUUUUUUUGUUUUCUCUUGCUCUUUACCAUUUGGCUACUGAUAUAAAAUUGAGGAGAAUUCAACCACUCGGCUAAACCUAGUCUUGUACAGAGAUUAUCAUGCAAAUAGAUUUU